AUGGCUUUCUACGGUGUUGGACUAGAUGUGAAGGUUAGAGAGUUAAACCUUAACUUCAAACUCAAUAUUUAACAGAAGGGCGGAGUUGGCUUAAGAACUUUAAAGCGUAUAUUCCAGAGAAUGGAUUAUAACGGCAAUAAGAAACUAGAUGCUAGUGAGUUUGAACAGGCAUUAGCAGCCUUUGGACUGUUCCCAAAGAAAGUUGAGCUUUAGGCUUUAAUGAAGUAUUAUGAUAUUGAUGGGGAUGGUAACAUUUCAUAUGAAGAAUUUAUCAGAGGAUUGAGAGAUGAACUCACUUAAAGAAGGAAGAAUAUGGUCCAGAAGGCAUUUAACAUGCUUGAUCGAGAUAUGGCUGUUUAUGAUGUCUCAAUGAAUCCAGAAUAUAUUGAGGGUAGAAAGACUAGGGAUUAAAUCUUGACAGAUUUCCUUAACAAUUUUGAAGGUGUGAAAGGAAAUCGCGAUGGAACAAUCACAAAGGAUGAAUUCUUUGACUAUUACACUGAUUUAUCGAUGAGUGUUCCAUCAGAUGAGUAUUUCGUAAGGAUGAUGGAGUCUACCUGGCAGUGUCCAGAAGUAGAAGAUGCCUCAUCAAAGGCUGUUCUUCAAAUGCUACUCAAGGAAGUUAGACUUAGAAUCCUAGAGUUAGCAAGAAACGACCCAAAACUCCUUAGAAAAGUAUUCAAUGACUUUGAUCUCAAUCAAAGCGGUCACUUGACUAUCGAUGAAGUAACUAACAUGAUAGCUAAGUUAAAGAUAUCAGUGGAAAGAAAAAUGGUCUAUCCUUUCUUUAAGAUUAUUGAUAAUGAUAACUCUGGAGGAGUUGAGUUCGCUGAAUUUGAGAGAUAUGUCAUCUCAAACCCCUAUUGA